GAUAUCCGGAUCCGAACUCUCAUCUCCAGAUCGGAUACCGGUUUCCGUAAACAGUAUAAAUUUUCUGAAAUUACGAUUUUCUCCUGUAAUUUUGCUGUUCAAAUCAUAAUUGUAAUAUGAAAUAUAUAUGAAAUGUCUGGUAAACACUGACCGUCAUGGCUCUUAUAUUUGGAGUAGGAACUGGCCUCUUCGUGCUAGCGAUACUCUGGGCUCUUGCCAUCCUACUCUGUGCUGUCUUCUCCAGAGCAGAUAAAUUGAGAGGAGCAGCCUUUGGGAUAGUACUUCUUGUUAUCAUAAUCACCCUCAUCCUAGUAUUUAUUCCUAGAGAAGAUUCCUUUACACAGCCAUCAGAUAUAAAGAUCACAGAUCAGACGUUCAUCCCACGUGUAUUGAUGUUGACGUUAUUUGGACUGUUUGCCUUCCUCUCUCUCAUCUUCAUGUUUUCACUGCAUUGGACAGAGCCUAUACACGCCAAACCCAUCAAGAGCAAAAGAUUUUAGCUUUUAAAGUGACAGCAUGUUGACAUUCCUGCUUCCCGUGACGUGAAACGUAAAGGUCAAGUCCACCUCCCAAAAAAUGUUGAUUUGAAUUCUGACAAGCAUAACGCUGAAAAUUUCAUCAAAAUCAGAUGUAACAUAAGAAAGUUAUGACAUUUUAAAGUCGCUUAUUUUUCACAAAGCAGUUAUAUGCACAACUCGGUGAUAUGCAAAUGAGACAGUCGAUGAUGCCCCUCCCUCACUAUUUCUUUAGUUUUGCAUUGUUUGAAUAAUACAAUAUUUACAAUUUUUACAAAUUUGAGAAAAAUGACAAACUUGACUUAACCAUGAAAUGUUAAAACGAUGGUAAUUCCACAUGUUCAGCGAGGAAUAAAACUUCUUUUUACAUGCAAAGGAAGAGAAAAUUAUAAUAUUUCAUGUCUCAUAUAAUGAAAUGCAAAUUAAAUAGUGAGUAGGUGAUUUUAUCAGCCCCCUCGUUUACAUACCACCUGGAUGUAUUGUGAAUAUACAAUGUAACACUAUUUUUUUUUUUUUAAUGUCAUAACUUAUUAUACUUCAGAUUUUGAUGAAAUUUUCAAUGUUAUGCCAGUUGUAUUUUUGUCUCACCUGCAUAGCAGAGUGAGACUAUAGGCGCCGCUUUUCCGACGGCGACGGCGGCGGCGGCGACGGCGACGGCGGCGUCAACACCAAAUCUUAACCUGAGGUUAAGUUUUUGAAAUGACAGCAUAACUUAGAAAGUAUAUGGACCUAGUUCAUGAAACUUGGCCAUAAGGUUAAUCAAGUAUUACUGAACAUCCUGCCUGAGUUUCAUGUCACAUGACCAAGGUCAAAGGUCAUUUAGGGUCAAUGAACUUAGACCAUGUUGGGGGAAUCAACAUCAAAAUCUUAACCUAAGGUUAAGUUUUUGAAAUGUCAUCAUAACUUAGAAAAUAUAUGGACCUAGUUCAUGAAACUUAUACAUAAGGUUAAUCAAGUAUCACUGAACAUCCUGCUUGAGUUUCACAUCACAUGACCAAGGUCAAAGGUCAUUUAGGGUCAAUGAACUUUGGCCGAAUUGGGGGUAUCUGUUGAAUUACCAUCAUAACUUUGAAAGUUUAUGGAUCUGAUUCAUGAAACUUGGACAUAAUAGUAAUCAAGUAUUACUGAACAUCCUGUGCAAGUUUCAGGUCACAUGAUCAAGGUCAAAGGUCAUUUAGGGUCAAUGAACUUUGGCCAAAUUGGGGUAUUUGUUGAAUUACAGCCAUAAAUUUGAAAGUGUGUUGGUCUAGUUCAUAAAACUUGGACAUAAUAGUAAUCGAGUAUCACUAAACAUCCUGUGCGAGUUUCAGGUCACAUGAUCAAGGUCAAAGAUCAUGUAAGGUCAAAGAACUUUGGCCACGUUGGGGGUAUUUGUUGAAUUGCCAUCAUAUCUCUAUGAGUGUAUUGGUCUAGUUCAUAAAACGUGGAAAUAAGAGUAACCAAGUAUCACUGAACAUCUUGUGCGAGUUAUAGUAGUUUUCAAAAUCAGCACUGCUGCUAUAUUGAAUCGCGUGAUGCAGGUGAGACGGCCAGAGGCAUUCCACUUGUUCUAUUCUACUUCAAAUCAACUCUUUGUUUGGGUGGACUUGUCCUUUAACAAUUGUUCGGGGGGGGGGGGGGGCUGGUUUCUACAAUUUAAUAAACUGAUUGUUUAUGAUUUAUUGUCAAACUUAGCCUCCCGAUCAAUCGUAAAGUUUUAUUUUACAGGGCCCAGUCCAUGUAUUAGAAAGAUAUGCCGCAUAGUCAUGUAAUUUUCCGGUUACAGCCAAUUAUUCCAAAGGUUCAAUUACUCUGGAAACUAAUAAGAUUUGGAUGAUGUUUGAAGGAUUGCAUGUGGUAUGAAACAAUUGAGGAAGAGGUUUACUCUACAUAACGCCAUGUGUUACACAAGGUGUACCGCAAAAAUAACAUUUGUUAUUUUGAAGGCUUGUUAGUCCAAAAAGGAAGUAGUAACAUUCUGUAUUUUUUACCUAUACAGUUUUGUACAUACUGGUACUUGUUGAUACUGUACAAAAUAUUUUGGAUUUUGUAAAUAUUGUCAGUAUUGUAAAUACUAAUUUUUAUUUGUUAAUAUGUAAAAUAAAAUUGUUAUUGAUUAAAAAUCACUAUUAGAUAUCUAUGUGGA